UCCAUAGAGAUGUGAUACACACCCUGAAGAGUAAUUCUUCAACAUAGCGUUAUGUGCAAGUCAUUUCUUGCUGGUUAAACAAUUAGUCCUCAGUAGGUUUUAUUUGAAGUUUGCUGUCAGUAAAAUUAGAUGAAUGCUUAAGUACUGGCAAAAUGCCUCAAGGUUUUACAGACGUUCUGGAGGAGUGGAAAUGUCUGGAGGAUGAAUAUCAACAACUUCAGGACACACACAGAAUGUAUUUACAGAAACUGGAUGAAAUUUCCAAACUACAAAACAACUGCUCGUCCUCCAUUUCCCGUCAGCAAAGAAGACUAAAGGAGCUGUCCCAUCGAGUCAAAAAAUGCAGCAAAUCUCUGUCAGAAGAAGAUGCCAAGAAGAUGGAUGAGAUAAAAGAGAAAGUCAAGACUCGACCAAAUGCUUUCUUUGAAAUGGAAGCUUUUCUUCCAAAGAAAAACGGGCUGUAUCUCAGUCUGGUCCUGGGGAACGUGAAUGUCACUCUCUUCAGCAAGCAGUCAAAAUUUGCUUACAAAGAUGAAUAUGAGAAGUUCAAGCUGUGCUCCACAGUCGUCCUGCUGCUGUUCUCCUUCAUAUGCUACUUCUUUGUGAGCUACAGAUUUCUUGACGCAAUCCUCAAUUUCCAGCUGGUGUGGUACUACUGUACCUUAACUAUCAGGGAGAGUAUCCUCAUCACUAAUGGCUCCAGAAUCAAAGGUUGGUGGGUUUUUCAUCACUACAUCUCAGCUUUUUUGUCUGGUGUGAUGCUGACAUGGCCAGAUGGGAACCUGUACAAGAUAUUCAGGAACCAGUUCCUUGCCUACUCCUUGUAUCAAAGUUUUGUUCAGUGUCUGCAGUGCUACUAUCAGAGUGGGUGUCUGUACAGACUGCGAGCCCUGGGAGAAAGACACAACUUGGAUCUGACCGUGGAGGGAUUUCAGUCGUGGAUGUGGAAAGGGCUGACAUUUCUCUUGCCCUUCCUCUUUUUUGGCCAUUUCUGGCAGCUCUUCAAUAGUCUGUCUCUCUUCAAAAUGGCUCAGCUCCCAGACUGUAAAGAAUGGCAGGUCCUGAUGUGUGGUCUCUGCUUCCUCAUUCUGUUCAUGGGAAAUUUCUUCACAACUGUUGCUGUGGUUCGUCAGAAGCUUAAGAGCAGGAAUCAGAAACCAAAGAGUCUGUGAUACAUAAUGAGAAAAUAAAGCAUGUCUACAAAAUGAUGUCUCACAUGUCUCAAUCCAAAUGGAAGCUCAUCAGUAACAUUAUACCAGCUAGUUAUUAUGAGUCUACAGACUAUUCUUACAAAGGAUGUACAGUAGAUAUAUAAAUAUAAAUAAUGUACCAUGAUUAAUCAAUCAUCAUUAAAGGUCAAAUUAUGCUCUA